AUGAAUACUAACGCAUUGCGGGCAUAUUUUAGGGCGAAAGCGUAUUGGGCUAGGAUGCAUCGUCUUUUUGCUGAGCUGGAGCCAUCUUUAACCGUCACAGAGCAAAACCUGGCAGACCGAGUUCGGUAUCUCUUGCGCUCAAAUAUAUUUGAUGUCGCCGAACUCGAACGGCUACGACGUGAGGCUGUUCCGUCAUUGGAUGAAAAUGCUACUGCUGAGGAUGCGGCGCCACAAAUUGCAGAGCAACCCGCAAACGUGGAUGCCACCGUGAAUACCCCAGUUGUGGUUAAUUCAAACGAUGAUUCGCCCAGGAACUGGAAUUAG